CAAUUCAUUGUUUCCCAUUUCGCUAAAGAUCUGUUUCUGUCAAGUCUUUAAAUAAUCAAACUGCCACUGUCAAAUAAAAAAUAAAAUAUCUAACCUAUAUUUUUAAUAUAAUAGAUUUCGAUUUUAUAAAACUAAACCUAAAUAAAGAUUAUGUUAAUAUCGUGAUGCUAUUCAUAAAAUUAACAUCUCUAUAAAGAUUGCAAUUUAUAAUUUUGUGAUAUAUGUGAUAUUACCUAGAGUUUGCAAAAUAAAACCGAUCUUUAAAAAUGCUAUGUAAAAAGCGAUUAAUCUUAUCAAAAAUUAGAGCUCGGGGCAGCUAUUACUACAGACAUUUCUCAUCACAAUCUUCAUUGGGUACUGCCGACAUAUCUUUCACAAAUGACACUACUCUCAAGCUUUCCACUGGCCAGUAUGCUCGCUUCGCAGACGGCGCUUGUGUAGCUACCCUGGGCAACACCAGCGUGCUGUCCACAGUGGUCUCCAAGGCUAAGGCUAGUGGCAGCUCUUUCCUGCCACUUGUGGUAGACUACAGACAGAAAGCAGCGGCUGCUGGAAGAAUCCCUACGAAUUUCCUAAGAAGAGAAUUAGGCCCCACAGAACGCGAGAUCCUCACAUCACGCCUCAUAGACCGUUCACUCCGGCCGCUGUUCCCUCAGAACUACAACUAUGAUACACAAAUAGUGUGCAACAUGUUGGCGGUGGAUUCCACCAACCCACCGGAGACAAUCGCUAUCAACGCUGCAAGUGCUGCACUGGCAUUAUCAGAUGUACCUUGGAAUGGCCCAGUUGGGGCGGUUAGAGUAGGCCAGAUAGACAAUGAAGUUAUAAUAAACCCGACCCGCAAAGACUUGGAGGCGUCCACAUUAAACCUGGUCAUCUCGGCCACGAAGAGCAACCUGGUGGUGAUGCUGGAGGGAAGCGCCAGCGAUAUACUGCAGCAGGACCUACUGAAGGCCAUCAAAAUAGGUACCAAAGAAGCUCAACACAUAGUGCGAGGUAUAGAGCAAUUGCAGAAAAAGCACGGGAAAAGGAAAAGAGAAUUUGAAGAACCUGUGCCGGUGAAGACUGAUGUGGUGGACUCCAUUAAGACACUGUCUUCUAUGAAAAUUAGGGAGAUACUUAGCGACCACAGUCACGACAAAAUGUCUCGCGACCACGCGAUAUCGGACCUCCGGCAAACAGUCCUGAACCAGCUCAGAGACACGGAGAUAGACGUGGGUGUACUACAGGACUGCUUCAACGCAAAUGUCAAGGAAAUAUUCAGGGAAAUGAUUUUCGAGACCGACGUGCGUUGCGAUGGUAGACAUCUGGAUGAGCUCAGGAAAAUUAGCUGUCAGGUGUCUCUCUACGAACCGCUACACGGCAGCGCACUGUUCCAACGCGGCCAGACUCAAGUGCUGUGCACUGUCGCGUUUGAUUCUCCCGACAGUGCGCUUAAAAUGGACACUCUCACUAUGCUGACCAGUGGUAUAAAAGAGAAGAGCUUCUUCCUCCACUACGAGUUCCCGUCGUACGCGACGGGCGAGGUGGGGCGCGGCGGGGCGCCGGGACGCCGCGAGGCGGGGCACGGGGCGCUGGCGGAGCGCGGGCUGCUGUCGGUGGUGCCCCUCCUGCCCUACACCGUGCGGCUCACUGCCGAGGUGCUCGAGUCUAAUGGGUCCAGCUCAAUGGCAUCAGUGUGCGGCGGGUCGCUGGCGCUGAUGGACGCGGGCGUGGAGCUAGCGGCGCCCGCGGCAGGCGUCGCGAUAGGUCUCGUCACUAAACUGCACGCGGGGCAAGUCGCAGACUACAGGAUCCUCACGGAUCUGCUGGGCAUAGAAGAUUACAUGGGCGACAUGGAUUUCAAAGUGGCUGGCACCAAGAAGGGCAUCACGGCGCUGCAGGCGGACGUGAAGCUGCCGGGGCUGCCGCUCAAGAUCGUGAUGGAGGCGGUGCAGAAGGCCUGCGACGCCAAGGCCAAGAUCAUUGACAUCAUGAACCAGUGCUUGGAUAAACCUAGACAAGGUCGCAAGGAGAACAUGCCAGUGAUAGAAGAGUUAGAGGUGGAAGUCCACAAGAGGGCGAAACUUGUGGGGCUCGGGGGAAUCAACCUGAAGAAGUUAUAUGUGGAAACUGGAGUCCAGGUGACACCAAUAGACGAAACGAAAUACAGUAUAUUCGCGCCGUCUCAAACGGCAAUGGAGGAGGCGAAAGCUCGCAUAUCGUCGUGGUUGUCGGCGGAGAGGACGCCGGAGCUGGAGUUCGGAGGCGUGUACUCGGCGCGGGUGGUGGAGGUGCGGGACGCGGGUGUGCUGGUCGCGCUGCAUCCGGCUCUGCCGCCGGCGCUGCUGCACAACUCACAGCUAGACCAUAGAAAGAUAAUGCACCCAUCAGCGUUGAACCUAAACGUGGGUUCAGAACUGCAAGUGAAGUACUUCGGGCGGGACCCAGUGUCGGGACAACUGCGGCUGUCCCGCAAAGUGCUUAUGUCCCCGCCGCCCGCGCUCGUCAGGAAACUCGACAAGAGCUAGUGAUAUCAGAGUGAUGUGAUUGUGAAGUGAUCGUUGUGGAAAUCCAUUGUUUUGUGUUUUCAUCAGUCAUAUAUGUAUUAUCUUCAAUCGUACACUCACAAAAAAAUUAAAGCAUAUUUUAAGCUAAUGUUAUGUUUUGUCUCGUUCUGUCAAUGUCAAAUUUUGUAAUGUGCGAUAGUGACAAAUGAUACUUACUUAUAGGUUAUCAUAUGCCAAUAUACUUUACAAUUUGACAUUGACAGAAUGAAACAAAACGUAUUUUGGCUAAAAUUGUUACCUACCUUUUAUAUGGAGGGUAUAUUUAUAGAGAAAAGCGUGAGGCAUCGCGUCGCUUCACUUCCGAAAGUGUGAGUUCGACUUUUUGCAUAUUGUGUGCAUGUCGAGAUUCUAUCUACCGUGUAGAUAAGUUUGUAAAUUCAUACAUUUGAAGUUCAUAAAGCUGCCUUUUAUGGCGCUUGUUACAAAUUCCUGAAAUUGUACAUUGUCUUAUAGCCAUUUUUUUCAUGUAUAAAAAAUAACGAAGAUCUGUUAUUUUUUCUUUUUUUGUUAUUUACUAAUAAACAUGCGGACAUAUGUAAUGUUCCCGCCUGUCCCUAGCAGAAGGGGCGAACCCAAGAAAUGCUAGCUUGAUGUAGUCAUGCCGAUGCCGACGACCGUGCGAAGUUCCUCCGACGCUCAACGGAUGAGGAAAAAACUGAGAAAGCACAAGAGAUGCUGACAUAUGUAAAUUUUGUAGGAAGUACUACCAAAAAUUAAACUUGUAUAUAUUCAACAUAUAUUUGUUUUUGUUUCAGAAUUAAACUUAUCUAUUUAGAAUUAGUCAGAGGUGGGCAUUAUUCGAAUAUUGUAAAAUGGAUAUUCGAAUUUAAUUCAUUCUUUAUUCGAAUAAAUUUGCCCACCUCUGGGGCAGUCAGAUAAAUUGUCACUCAAAAUAAAAAGCCAAUAUAUUUUCAUUUGUAUAUUGAACGAAAUAUUCUGUACAAUUCUAUGAAAAUAUUGUAUCACAAAGGACGUUUUGUCGAAAGGCACUGCGUUCCGUCGGCCGGGGCCUUUCGUUUGACGUUUACAGCGAAAUGUGACAUCGCUAUACAAACCACCAAAGGCGUCAGUAACAUUAAACUGUAUUAUAUACAAAUUAGUAUUUCUUGCCAGCUUUGCUGACUAGAUUUUGUUUCAUCCAUUGUGGGCAUUGGGCCCACGAGGUGGUCAUGGCUCAUUCUCCUUAUCUGUCAUUCAUAAGGCCUGUGCCCCGAACAUUAGGGACAUUAAAAGUCUAUAAUGAUUAUGGGACGUUAAAUUUAGGUUAACUAAAUUGCCUUCGUCCUAAAUUGUGUGAGCAGGCCAACAACAAAAUAACCGACAAUCGACGCCAAUUUGAUGUAUGUAUAUUUUAUUAAAUAGAUAAAUAUAUGAGGUCACAUUCCCCGGCAAACCUUGUCACUUACAAUCUACAACAAAGUAAUUGUCAAAAAAUAAGUAAUCAACAAUACUUCUAUACAGAAACGAUUAAAUACGUAAAAAAUAUUACAAUACAAAAAACGUAAUAAUAACAUAUCAAUUUCCACUUUUAAUACUCGCAGUCUUUGAUUUCGUUGUGACUACAGCAUUAAUUAACAUUUAAUAAUUAUAUUCUAUUUACAAUAUUCGAUGAAAUACAUUAAUUCGAUUAGGAAUGCUCUGCGCAGAGCCAACUAUAGAUACCUUACACCGUGCUAGAAAGGGUACCGUGGCAACGGAAACUGUUACUUAGCUAAACUAAAGAGGCGAACAUCCGCCAAAAUUGUGAACUGUACUGGUAACAUUUUUAAAAGAUACCACACGUGAUUCAAGCAAUUCAACGGCUAAGAAAAAAAAAUAGAUUCUUUAAAUUUGCUCUCGAAAAAUACAAAUAUUAGAAUAAGUACAGUGGAUGACCUUAGUUAUAUUUAUAGAGCUACCAUAAUGUAGCUAUUUAUUAUUAUAGUCAAACCACUACAAAAUAUACAAGCAAUUGUAUAGUAAUUGCUGUCAGUCUACGUGAGAUCAUAGCGACUUAACCGUUGCCACCGUACUGCGCGUGCGUACCACAUCAUAAAGCAACGCAUAACGUCAAAAAAAUAUCUAUACACACAAAAUAUUAUGCAUCCGAGUGAUUUUUAUAAAUGGCAAUCACCGAUGACUCUAAUCUUCAUAAUAGAUGCCAAACCAUAGAUGGGUUAUUCACAAUCACAACUUGUAGUCUUCGCCGGGAAAAUACUGAGCGUAAACCCAUCUAUGUGCCUAGCGUUUCAGGGGUGCUAUUUGUAACAUAUGGCGCAGCAAAAAGUAUACCAUUUUAAUUAAAAACUGGCAACACAAAUAAUAUCAUUCAUGUCGUCAGUUUUCGAAAAUAGCACCCCACUUACGCCCCGUUUAUUGUUACAGAAAUUACAAAUUGAUUCAACAAAAUCUAUAUUUAUCUUGCUGGCAAGAUAUUUCGUUCGCAAGUCUUGUUUUAGUUCUAUGUUAGUCAGAGAGGCUUUUUAGUAAUAUCCCUAUUCGUUGGCAAGACUUGAUCGAUUUUCAUAGCCUCAACAAGUGCUACCCGAUUCAUACACACGUAAUAUUGCACGUAAAUGCGAAAUAACUGCAUUUUCCCCUUAAGGAGAUUCUUAAUGUGUAAUGGAUAACACUGUAACAUGGUUGACAAUUCGAAAAAUGCAAUUGAGUAUUUUUAACGUCGAUUUAUAAAUUUUCGAUAUUAUUCAUAAAUUUCAUCUAUUUACCAUAUUAGAAGAAUCUUAUUGUGAUCAUAUAAGGCACAAGCAUUUAAGGCUGUUUUUUUUAUUUCGAUUCAAUAACUUCGAAAAAAAUUAAUAUAUUUCUUAAUUUAAUAUAUUAAUUGUAAUGAAAUAAAUCAUAUUUCAGACUACCACAAAACCAUCUUAAUCUUCAACUAAAAUCAAAUGUUAAAUAUUUGAACGUACAAAAAUAUCUUCUCUUUAAACAUGAUUUGAUAUAAUAUCUUUAAUACAUAAUUCUUACGAUCUAAAAAUCGUUUCGUGGUAAGUCAUUACGACUCGAGCCUUUACUUCGCAAUCAAAUACAUUCGCAAGUCCAAUUAUAUUUAUGAAGUCACAAACAAUACUAAUUUAAACAUGAAAUAGUCUGAAAGCGCAAGACAAAACUCCACCUCCACAACUCUUGCCUGUCAAAUUCCAAAAUCAAUGUGAUCCUUUGGACUCGGCACGGGUCAGCAAGACACGGGUCUUGGUCUAAAAAUAGGUAA